AAGUUUUAAGUUGUGGAUGAUCUACCCGUCCUGGUUUCUUAUCGUCCAGCUUUCACGUUCCUAAAGAACGACAGAUCUUUCCCGGCGCUGUCACCUCACAGCGAGAAGGUCCUGGGUUCGAUUCCCGGGUGAGACUAAUAAUUGUGGUACUUGUGGUUUGGCCGAAGAUGCCCGGUGCGGUGCUGCGGUGUGGUGGUUAUGAUGAAGGUAAACUCCAGAGCUUAACAGACAGACUGAGCUGUAGAGAGGCACAGACGGCCACGCUGCUCGCUCUGAUGGGAGAGCCGGAUCAGUACAGUUACCCUUCAGUCUUCAUCUACGGCCACCGAGCGACGGGAAAGAGUCACGUUCUCCUCACCACGCUCACACAGCUGGAGCUCCCUCAUGCAGCAGUGAGCUGUGUGGAGUGUGUAUCGGCGGGGUCGCUGUUCGAGCGGGUGCUGUUGGCGCUGUUCGGCGUGGACGCGGCCGCCCUGCUCCCGCGCGCCCCCUCUCUGUCCGACUUCGUCCGGGUCUACGGGCAGGCGCGCGGCCGGGAACCCGCGCGGCAGACCCGCUACGUGGUUCUGGAGAGGGCGGAGCUGCUCAGAGAUAUGGAGGCCAACCUGCUGCCUGGGUUCCUGCGCCUUCAGGAACUGGUGGACGAUAACGUGACGGUUUUCCUCCUCAGCGAGAUCGUUUGGGAGAAGUUCAGACCCAACACCGGCUGUUUCGAGCCCCUGCUGCUGCAUUUCCCAGAUUACACUAAAGCGGAACUCCUGCAGAUCCUGUCCCGCGACGCUCACCCGUCAUACUCGCCUGACCUGUACUCGUCCUACAUCAACAUCCUGCUCGGGGUUUUCUACUCCGUCUGCAGGGACCUGAGAGAGCUCCGACACUUGGCUGCGCUUAAUUUUCCAAAGUUCACCGAGCCGUUGGAGAAAGGAGAAGCCAAAGAGAGCGACACCCACAAGCUGUGGAGGAACAUCGAGCCCCACCUGAAGAAAGCCAUGCAGAGCGUGUACCUGAGAGAAGUCUCCAGUGUUCAGUGGGAGCAGCAGCAGAUGGAAGAAAAGGAACCUCUGAGAGGUUUAUCAGCUCACGCUCACGUGGAGUUGCCAUAUUACUCCAAAUUCCUCCUGAUCGCGGCGUAUCUGGCGUCCUACAAUCCAGCCAGGACGGACCGCCGCUUCUUCCUCAAGCAUCAUGGGAAAAUAAAGAAGACCAACUUCUUAAAGAAGCACGAGAAAACCAGUAAUCAUCUGCUGGGACCGAAGCCGUUUCCUCUGGACAGACUGUUGGCCAUCUUCUACAGCGUGGUCGACAGCCGGGUGGCGCCCACGGCCAGCGUCUUCUCGCAGAUUUCGUCUCUGGUCACUCUGCAGCUCCUGACGCAGGUCGGACAUGACGACCAGCUGGACUCCCCCAAGUACAAGUGUGCCGUGUCCCUGGACUUCAUCCUGCCCAUUUCCAGGACCGUCAGCUUCGACAUCGUCAGGUACCUGUACGACUUCCUGUGAAGCGGGAGCAGGAUCACUGGGACCGGAACCUUGACCGGCGGGAUGGGAGGAGCUUGGGCCGGAGACUGUGUUCUUAUUGGUUGGGAUUUCAGUGUGGUGGUGCACAGGCUUCAGUUUCGAGGUGGGAAGUGGGCAUGUCCCAAAAAACCCUAGGCCACGCUACCGUGUAGUGUCCUUAAUGAACGUUCUGCAGUCCGGGGUGCCUCUGUGUUUCUGUAUUAAUAUAUCUGUAUCAAAUAAAUGAAUAAACACUG